UGUGGUGAAACUUCAAACACAAUGCGUGCUGCUCACUUUGGACCAGGAUCAGGAAAAAUCUGGAUGGAUGAUGUGGGAUGUAGUGGAUCUGAAUCCUCAAUAUUUGAUUGCUCAAAAAGAGAAAUGGGUGACCAUAACUGUAAACAUAGUGAAGAUGUUGACGUUAUCUGCUCAGGCAUCAGGCUUGUUGGAGGUUCUCGCUGCUCUGGGAGGUUAGAGGUGCUUUAUGGGAACACAUGGUACACAGUGUGUGACGCUGCCUUUGACCAGCAGGAUGCAGAGGUUGUGUGUAGAGAGCUGGACUGUGGGGCUCGUGUACAGGUGCUGGGAGCAGCUGCUUUUGGUAAAGGAGACACUCAGAUGUGGACAAAAGAGAUUCAGUGCAGAGGAAAUGAAUCAACCAUACGAUUGUGUCCAACUUCAAAUGACAUAAAGUGCUCUCAAGACAACAAUGUGGGACUGAUAUGUUCUGGUUACACUGACCUCAGGCUGGUAAACGGUCCUGACAUCUGUUCUGGUCGAGUUGAACGUCAGUACUUCAGUAAAUGGGGCACAGUGUGUGAUGCAUGCUGGGAUAUGAGAGCUGCCAGUGUCCUCUGUAGACAGCUGAAUUGUGGGAUUGCUGUGUCUGUUGUGGGAUCAGACUGGUUUGGAGUGGGAAGUGGUGAAAUCUGGGCUGAUGUGUUUGAUUGUGACGGGAAUGAAACAAAACUCCCAGAAUGUUCCAUCUCUUCAUGGAGUCGAGCUGAAUGUUCUCAUAGUCGAGAUGUUGGAGUCAUCUGCUCUGGUGAGUCCAUAUUACUGUAACAUUUACUGACAUUAUGCUACUGGAAGACUUAAUCUUAUA